AUGACCUCAACUUCCUCCUCACCCCAAGAUUUCCCACCCUCCGAUCUCCUACCAAUACUGGACGAAAUCACCACCCUCCUAAAACAACGCAACGAAACCCUCUCCAUCGCGGAAACAGCCUGCGGCGGCCUCAUCUCCGCCUCCAUUCUCACCACUCCCGGCGCGAGCACCAUCUACAAAGGCGGCCUGACCCUCUACACCCUCCCCUCCCGCAUCGCCUACGCCGGUUGGUCGCAAGAAACCAUCGCCUCCUACAAAGGUCCCACCACCGAUAUCGUGAGCGGACUCGCAAAGCACGUGAGGAAGGAUCUGGAGAGUACGUAUACGCUUGCUGAGUCCGGCACGGCGGGACCUAGUGGGGGCACCACGCCGAAUCGGAGGCCGGGGUAUGUGGCGUUGGCGGUGGAUUGUGAGAGGGGGUGUUUUGUGCGGGAGGUGAACACGGGACUGGGAGGGGAGAGGGUGGGGAAUAUGAAGAGGUUUGCUGUUGAGGCGCUGACUUUAUUGAAGGAGGUUAUGCUGGGGGAGGCGAAAUUAUAA